CUUCUAUCACAAAGCAACAGGUUUGAUAUUGAGUCAAUUCCUAUAUUCGGAUUUAAACAAACAUCACGGGGAAUUUUAAUGGUUAUGGCGGCUAUUUUAUUCAAGCCAGAUUCACCAGAGUCUGAGACGGAUGAAGAGAUGACAACAGCAAGUGAAGUUGCAGUUAAGGUCAAAUCUAUUGGAGCAGCACGAUCUAUUUGCAAAAGGUGGAACAGUUUAUGCAAAAAUAAGAGUUUUAUAGACAAACAAGUUAGCAAAGCAUCAAGAGAAAAGGAGCUUCUAAUGAUCACGAGGGUUUAUUUUAUCAACGUCCAUCUUUACAAAACUCAAGACAAAGUAAUAUCUAUAAGCCAAGUCUACCAGUGCAAUGAUUUCACACUAUGUGUAUUAAGAGAUAUUGAUAAUAUGUUGGUGGUUUGGAAUCCAUAUUUGUGUAAAAGAUGGAUCAAGUGGACUGGUGGAUCAUAUCAUGAGGAGUUUGUUUUUGGAUGCGACAAAUCCUCUUGUGGUAACUUCAAAGUCUUGAUGUCUUGCUAUUCUCACUACAAUAUCUAUGAUGCGAGCUCUAACCCUAAUUCAUGGAGAGUAAUUAGAAGCCCUCCUUGCGUGGAUACAUUUAACUUUUGUGAAGACAACAUGUCCUUGAAAGGAGUCUCUUACUCGUAUGCUAGAGAAAAGGAACCACAUGGUUUCUUAGUGAGUUUUAAUUUUACAAGAGGGAGAUUUGGAACGUGUACCAAACUGUUUGACGAUGACAACGGAGACUCUCAAGGCCCUGUUGAGUUUGAGGUAGAUAAGGAAUACCUUCGUGAGCUGAAAAACAACAGAAAGCGUGACUGUCUCAUGGGAUACCAGACGAUGGUGAAGGAAGGUAAAAUCGAUGAGGACGAAUCCGACGAAUCCGACGAAGAAGCUUCUGAUCCAAAGGAGGAUAUCAGAGUUGAUGAAAUCUCUGAGUGGAUAUAUUAUUUGGUUAAGUUAUGGAAACGAGUUCCCGAGUAUCUAGCUACAAAGCAGAACGCUGUUGUUAAGAAGAUUAAACACAUAAAGAAAAAGAAGAAGAGGAUGUAUAUGAAAGAUGUUCAGGCACAGCAGUUGCUUCAGGAAGGUCUAGAUCUUGCUAAGGAAGAUGAUUACAAUAAAUACCAGGAUCUUUGUGAGGAGAAGUCUUCCACAAAACCAACUAGCCAAAUCAUCACCAACGAAUCACUUCUAGCCACACAGAAGGUAGUUUUGGUUAGGGUUAUGGAUACGUUUACAGUCAAGAAGAGCCAAGCCAGGACGCUUCUCAUUCAUUACCAGUGGAAUGCUGAUAAAGUGCAUGAUGUUUAUGGUGACAAAGGCAAAGAUGGUCGUCGGGUUAAAACUGCUGGUCUUACUGUCUGUGAUCGUCAUCCUUUCUUGUCUGAGUUUAGAUACUCUUUGAGGAAGAUGACUUGUGAUAACUGUUGGAAAGAGCAUUUUACUGUGAAGAUCAAUGAUGUUGAGUCUUACGUAGUUGAUAACAAAUGGUUCAAGUGGUGUCCAAGCACGCCCCAUUGCAGUGAAGCUAUAAGAAAAGAAGAUGCAGCAACCACUAAUCUGAGGAGAAGAGUGAGUGAAGUUUCUAAGAUUGAAAACACUGGAGUGAAGCAAGUGGAACCUAGAAAGAGGAAGAAGAAUGGGAUUCAGAAAAGAGAUGAAUCAAAAGACUCAAAAUAUUUAGAAGAGAGUGAGAAGAAUGGUAUAGUAGUUGAUUUAUCAACUCCACUGCCUUUACUCCGGCAAAGAGUACAGGUUGAUGAUGUUUCUUCAAGUGUUGUAAGGAACAAUGGUAGUGGUGAGACGAUAGUGCAGAGAGGUAAAAAAGAGAGGAAGAAAAGCAAGUAUCUUUCUCUUGAAUACAUGACAGAUUUUAGCUGGAGCAGGGGAAAGAUCAAAGUAAAAUCUGAAUCAGCAGAGAAGAUGAUGAAGCAAUCUGCUGAAAAGGUCAUAAACUUCGUGAGGUUUGGAGCUAAAACAAAGAAAAUUCUGGAGCUAAUACAUGCAGCCGCUCUCAGCACACAAUGUUUACAAGAGUGUAAAAGCUCGUAUGACAUGAUAAGAGGGUUUGUGUAUAUCUACCGAAGCUUUACAUAUGUUACUGGAGCCAAUUACAAAAGAAACGUUCCAGAUGAAGAUAAGCAGCGUGAAGUGAAGGUGAACAAGAGAGAAAUAGCAAAAAACGAAAAUGAAAACAAGGGGUCACUGAAACGAAGUAGGAGUAAGAUGGAAGAGACAGACCGUGAUGCAGGUUUUUUAGCUACACCAGAAUCAAAGAAACAGAUUGUGAAGAAAAUUGAUCCUAAAGGAAAAGAAGAUUUUUUGGAAAGUAACUUUGAAAAAACUGAAGAUAGCACCAAAACUUCAAAGAAGCCACUUGCAGAGUCUAUAAAGGAGAAAGCACAUAAGGGUUCAGCUAGAACAGUUGCAAAUAAACGACUUGAUAAAUCAGAGCACUCAGAUGCCAAAGAAAAGAGUUUGGAAGGUGGAAGCAUGGAUAUGCAGAUUACCAAGUCAUCAAAGAGCAAGAAAAGGAAUUCUCCAGCAAUGACGCCUUCCAGCAAAGAAUCUGAAUUGACUCUCAAGAGCCAUCCCAAGAGGAAACAAACAGCUGUUGAGGAAGUAGAUGAGGAGAAAGAAAAAGAGGAGGAGAAAAAGAAGAAGAUUAAGGAGGUUUCUCAAGAGUGGGACUUGGUGAACAAGAAGAAGCCAAACAACAUCAAGCUAUACGUCCGUCGUGUCUUCAUCAUGGACAACUGCAAAGACAUCACGAGAGAGACGUUGCAGCAGAACAUGAUCCUUAAGGUCAUCCGCAAGAACCUCGUGAGUAAGUGCACGGAACUCUUCUCUUCCAUUGCUGAGAACAAGGAGGAUUACAACAAGUUCUACGAAGCGUUCUCUAAGAAGAUGGAGGAGCUAAAGGAGAAGUUUGAAGGACUCUGCAAAGUGAUCAAGGAUGUUCUUGUAACAGGGGAAUACGGCUGGACUGCAAACAAGGAGAGGAUCAUGAAAGCUCAAGCAUUGAGAGACACCAGCAUGGGAGGUUACAUGUCUUUCAUAAAAACAAUGGAGAUCAAUCCAGAGAAUGCAAUCAUGGACGAUGCUUUUGAAUCUGAUGCGGAGAUGCCUCCACUUGAAGAUGACGCCAAUUCUGAAGGACUUAAAAAAGAAAGUUGGGAGAUAAUCAGUGAUGAAGAGGUUUCAAGGAUUCAUCGAAAGUUCAGAGAUGGUGUGAGAAGUGUGCAUUGGGAUGAUGAAGAACACAAUAAAAAUAAGAGAAAGAGAAGAAUGUGGCAUUUACAAAACCAAGUAACAGCGGUGUUGUACUUUUGUGAGACUGAGUUCAUGGUGUCAAUGGAAGCACUUGGGAGAUUGAAGUUCAAAGAGAUGAGAGGUCUCGCUGAUAUUAAAGAUUUGUCAAAAAUGGAGUUCAAGCUUAAGGGGGAGAAUGUUGGAUUAAGCUUGAAGAUUGACUAAGAUUCAAGUCUAUCCUAAUCCUACCGAGUAAUGGAAAUAGAUAUUAUGUUAUGAUUAGGAGUUAUCUAUUCAUGUUUAUCUAUUAGGAUUAGGAGAAUAAUAAUAAACAUGUUGCAUAACUUAUGGUUUAGAGAAUGAGAGAUUGUGAGCUUAAGGUUUUUGAGUUAUUUUUCCUUGAGAUAAUGAGAGAGUUAUUCUUAUUCAUGAUUGAGUUAUUGAGGUCUCUAAAC